UAUAUUAAUAUAUUUUCUACAUCGUGGUAAAUAGUAAUUCGCCAGUUGGCACUUUGGCUUUGACACUAGACAUUAUAAGAAGGCACCAAACAGUAAGCUCGCGCCUAACAGUAAGGCGGUUUUCAAUCGUCAUUCCGCAUUCGUGUCUCUCUUCUCUCUCCCCUUCUGUUUAUCGUGUCCCCGACCACGACUCGCCAGUCGCCAGUCGUCGGUACUCACACAGUCACAUUGCUCUGUUGCAGUCCGUACUGUUCAUUCUCAUUGAAAUUCUUCGUAGUUGACGUCAUCCCCAGACGGGAGGUGCGCAAACAACUUAUGCUUUAUACAGUAUCAAUACACUAUACAAUAUAUUAUAUUUUUUAACAUUCAUUAUUGCUAACCGUUCGUUUAUUCGUUUUUUCUUCCACUCGUUACUUCGAUAAACUGCUUAAUCUGCUAUGACGAUGAUUCAUCGUUUCGACACUCAGCUUCCGUUUGCUUCGUCCGUGGCUGUUAAAAUUCGCACUCUGUUAUUACGCCAAUAGUACAUCAAUAUUUCCUACGAGCAGACCGAUCAGUAUUUUUGCACUCGCAGAUCCAACACUCAGAAAAAUCCAACGAAAAUCAUUGGUCGCUUAUAAGAAAUUUCACUUUGGACAAUGGCUUUGGAACCGGAAGAACACUUCAAGACGCCCGAAUGGGUUUCGAGGUUGGAGAAUAAACAUAAAAAAUUUCAUAAGUUAGCUCAUGAAGUUGGAUCUGGUUCAAGUUGUUUAAAAUGUGGAGAUGCUUGCCCUGGCUUGGAUUUACAUUUUUGGAGAAAGGUGUGUAGGAAUUGUAAAUGUAAAAAAGAAGAACAUAAUAUUGUAGAUGAAGAUCAGUAUAAACAGUUAGAUAUUUUAUUCAACGAUUCAAAAUUGAAUUACCAACCAAUAAAAGCAGUGUUGAAUAUGAUUAUUAAACCUGAUGACCAGUUUGCCAAAAAACGAGAAACUGAUCAAAAUCAAAAUGAAUUUAAAUUUGAUUGGGUCCCACCAAAUGUUCAUAAGGAUCUGGCUUCAGAAUACAUGCAGUUGUUACCAUCUGACAAAUUACCUAUUAGUGGCAGUGAAGGUGCUUUUUACAGACGCAAGCAGCUUGAAAAACAAGUUCCUUUACAUGAUUUUAAUGCAAAUGUUUGUCAUAAUCUUACCAUUGAAGAAGCUGAUGCUAUGGGUUCUUAUUUGAAAAAUUUAAAAGAGAAUGCUGUUGGCCAAGGCUUGGUCAAAAAACUUACUGAUAACACUAAUAAUCCAAUUCCACUGUUUAAAAAUAUGAAUUUAACACCCAAACCAUUUAAAAAAACUUAUAACCAACAAUUUGAAGAAGAAGAAGAAUUUCCACCUCCUCCUCCAGAACUUUUAUAUCCGUUGUCUAACUCUGAAUUGAAGACACCAAGCACAUUUAUUGGGAACAAAAGCUAUUCUGGAAGUAACAAACCAGACGUCAAUAUUUUAGACACUGUCAAUAACAAUCCAGCUGAAUGUGACACACAAGUUAUUACUUCACAAUGGCCAACUUCAAACAUUGCUUUAUCAGAAACUUUACCCCAACAACAGACAAAUUUCUCCUCAAAUAUUCAGAAUGAUAAUUACACACCUAUGCUGCAUAAUAAGGAUAUUGGUGAAUCACUAAAAAAUCCAUCCUGGGAAGGUUCAAACGAAUUCCCAACAUCUAAUGCUGAUAUAUGUAUAUUACCGGACGGACAAGAGUUGCGUUGUAAGCAAUGUAAUAAGAAUGUAAUACCAGGUCAAGUUGCUGUUAUGGCUGAACGCACUGGUAAAGAAGUGUUUUGGCAUCCACCGUGUUUUGUUUGUGCUACAUGCGAAGAACUAUUAGUUGAUCUAGUAUACUUUUACUAUAGUGAGAAUGUUUAUUGUGGUAGACAUUAUGCUGAAAUCUUAAAUAUACCACGAUGUAAUGCUUGUGAUGAGUUAAUAUUUUUGAAAGAAUAUACAAUUGCCGAGGAACAUACCUAUCAUGUUCGACAUUUUUGUUGUUUUGAGUGUGACAAACCAUUAGCUGGAUUAGAAUAUGUGUCGAUUGAAAAACAACCUGUGUGUUUGGAUUGUUAUCAAAUAAAAUAUGGAAAAAAAUGCGAAACUUGUCAAAAAAUUAUAGUAGCUGGUGAUAAUAGGAUUGGUUGGCAGGAGUUGAGCUGGCAUGAGUCUCCAGCAUGUUUUAAAUGUUAUCAGUGUUACACAUCGCUUUUAGGUAAAAAGUUCACGGUAAAAAAGGAAAAGCGGCCCUUGUGUAGCAGAGAAUGUGUAAUAGCUUUUAACAAUUCUACAGAACUUUAACAUUGUGUUAUAUUGAUUUUUGUAAUUACAAGGGGAUUCAUCAAGUAUUUUUGAUCUUUAGUGGUGGAAUAGUGAUAACUAUAUUCUACCACUAAAUAACCAUUAUACUUAAUGAAUCAUCUUGUGUACAUUUAAAUAUUCAUAGUUUUAAUGAUAUUUUUACGAAUGUUCUUACUAAAUUAAGAAGACAAUACAAAUUUAAAUCAAACUAAUGUCUGUGAUACACAUAUUUAA